CCCAGAUAUAAUGUUGCUAAGCGAUUGUUGACAAAUAUGUCAGAUUUUUUAGUUUAGACAUUAAAAUCAAAAUUUUCGGUAUUUAAAAUUUUUAGUCGUUUAAACUUUUUCAAUUUUCCAAAUUUAUCGUGGAAUCACUCAGCGACGGAACAUGUCUACCAUGAGAAAAUCAAUUUUAGAUUCGCAUUACAAAAGAUCACUGGGAGCGAACAUGAACGCAGCGAAAUCGAAUUUCGCUCCAAUCAAAUGGACCGAUUAUUUCGAUAGUGAAGAAUACAUUGAAACAUCAACAUGCAAACACCAUAUUUAUAGCAAAGGAAAUCAGGGCCCCAUAAUAUUCUGUCUCCAUGGUGGUGGUUAUAACGGACUAACAUGGGCCCUUUUUGCGAAGGAAAUAUUUCAAAACAUUGAAUGCCAGAUAAAGGCUCUGGAUUUUAGAGGACAUGGAAAUACCCAAACUGACAACGACAGCGACUUGUCUUUAGAGACUCUCACGAAGGACGUGGUUGAGGUAGCAAAUAAAUUAUGCGAAAGGGAAAACUCAACUUUAGUUCUGGUCGGGCACAGUAUGGGAGGUGCUAUUGCAGUUAAUGCAUCCUAUCAAAUAGAACAUUUAGUUGGACUUUGUGUUAUUGAUGUUGUUGAGGGCACUGCACUAGACGCUUUAUCCUCAAUGCAAAGUAUUUUAAGAGGCCGACCCUCCUAUUUCAGAAGUAUCCCACACGCAAUUCAGUGGUGUUACAAAGGCGGCCAGUGUCACAAUAUUGAAGCAGCUAAAGUGUCCAUGCCGGGACAAAUAAUAAAUAUGAAAACUGGCAAACUGGCAUGUGAUGAGUGGGACUCGUUCAACAAACAGGAAGCUGUCAAUUUAAUCCCGGGUUAUUCACAUGAAGUAAAGGCAUCUGAAUUCACUAUAAUAGAAGAUGAAGAAGAUCAUGCAGAAAUUGAAUACAAAAUAAUUGCUAAACCUCCCAUUCUGAGAAAGGAUUUUAAACUUCCCAAUUCGGUUGCAGAAGCCGAUGGACCGAAGUACACUUGGAGAAUAGACUUAAGCAAGACUGAACCAUUCUGGCAACAUUGGUUCCAAGGGUUGUCCGAACGAUUUCUGGGAACCAAAGUACCGAAAGUGUUAAUUUUGGCGAAUAUUUUUGGACUCGACACAAAACUUACAGUGGGUCAAAUGCAAGGGAAAUUUCAACUGCAAGUGCUGACAAAAACGGGACACGCGGUACACGAAGAUCAGCCGCAUCAAGUCGCUGAAAUUCUCACUAUAUAUUUAGUAAAACAGAAAUGCGUGGAACUGAAAGAAGGCUUCACAAUGCCCCUGCAUCCAAACGCCUGCUGCUGAAAAGUGAUUUUAAUUUGGAAAUAACGUUUACAAAAGUAUAUAAUUUAUUUGGUUUGUAUAGAAACCUCCCGAUACUUACGACAGAAAUGUAUAUGCAAAUAAAAAGUAUUUUG